AUGUUCUCAGAACUGAGGUUCCCUGUGCCCUGGGGCCACGUGGCAGCCAAGGCCUGGGGACCCUCGGAUGGACACCCUGUGCUGUGUCUGCACGGCUGGCUGGACAAUGCCAAUACCUUCGACAAGCUCAUUCCGCUGCUUCCCAGAAGUUGCUAUUAUGUAGCAAUGGAUUUUUCUGGCCAUGGCUUGUCAUCCCACCGACCUGCAGGCAGCCCCUACCAUUUCCUGGAUUUUGUGACCGAUGUGCGCCGGGUGAUAGCAGCCUUGCAGUGGAAACGGUUCACCCUGAUGGGUCACAGUAUGGGUGGGGCUGUGGCAGGAAUGUUCUGUUUCCUUUAUCCUGAGAUGGUGGACAAGCUGAUCCUGCUGGAAAGUGUUGGCUUUCUGCUAGCUCCAGAGGACACUGAGGCAUGGCUGAAAUCUAAACGGAGGGUGAUUGACAGGUUACUGAGCCUAGAGGCAAAGCAGCAAACACCCAAAGCACGGAGCCCUGAAGCAGCGUUGCAGAGGCUCUUAGAAGCAAACGAACAUCUGACAGCAGAGGGUGGGGCAAUCCUGCUGCAGCGAGGAGCAACUGAGACACCCGCUGGGCUAGUAUAUAACAGGGACAUGAGAGCCCGUACGCAGAGUCGAGAGUUCUUAACGGUGGAGCAGUGUGUGAAGCUCUUGCAGAAGAUCCAGGACCAUGUUCUUAUCAUCAUAUCACAAGAUGGACUCUUAGUACCACACAAGAUACCCCGCAGAAAUCACUUUGUGAGAGCCCUCCAGGAGGCACUCGAGUCUACCCUGAAAGAGCACAUUCAGCUAGUAGAGGUGCCUGGGAGUCAUUUUGUGCACCUGAAUGAGCCUGAAGUGGUGUCUGGGAUCAUCAGCAACUUCCUGACAGCACACAACACCAGAGCAAGGCUCUAG